AAAACCCUGGGUACAGACCCAGCUUCCCCAGAAUGUUCAGUAUUCUGCCGGAUCGCUUCUCAACCAUCUCAGGACACGUUCAACUCUGGUUCCUGGUCUUAGCUGUCCUUGUGGUCCUGGCUCAGACAUCCCCAGACUUAUUCAUCAAGAAGUGUAACUAUGGAAGAGGCAGAUGCCAAAAAUCAUGCAAAGACAAUGAGAAAAGGGAAGAAAAUUGUGGGAAAUACAAUGUUUCUGCCUCAGGAAGCUAUCACACUUUGCUGAAGAAAGCAAGACAAGUGCAAAAUGAUCGUAAACCCAGGAGGAUUAUGGACACUUGCAAGUCAAGGAGAGAGGCCUGGGAAGAAACUGACUCAUCUUUUGAUCUUGAACUUUAAAAAGCCUCCAGAAUUAUGAACAAAAUAAAUUUUUGUUUAAGCCA